GGUACAUAUCGUCUGUUUUGAUGUUUUGUCAUAUAGGCUUCGUUUUGCAUCCGUCCAUCUGCAUCAUAGAGUUGAUUUUUGAGUAACACAAGUGUAGAAAGUGCUUUUGUAUACGCAAAAAUGGCCAUGGAAUCGAACGCAAUACAAGUCAUUCCAAUGCGUCAGAACGCUGAUCACUGUUUCAUACCCGGCUGCUCGGCGUCUGUCGGAUGGAACGAUAUGGCAUUCUUCAACAUGUCUUUUGGUGAUUUGCCUUAUUGGUGGAAGGGCACUGCCUGGGCAGCUAAAUACAAAACCGAACUACCGAUGAACGCGAAAAUCUGUGAGAUGCAUUUUGAAGAACGAUUCAUCGAUCGCAGCAAAAGAAAACCUCGACUAAUUAUGGGUACUAUACCGACCCUGCAACUUACUCUAUUAGAGCAAGUGAUCGAGGACGAAAAUAAACCGGAACCGAAGGAAUAUUUUUGCCGACUAUGUGCCAAAAAAAGUGUUCGAAAAUUCAACGGACGAUUAGAUCAACUGCCAGGUUUGGAAGACGUUGCCGUCUUUUGCAUGGGAAGAUAUAAGAAUCGGUUGGGGCUUCCGAUCGGUGUUUGCGACCACUGCAUACAGAUUAUGAAACAGUUUGCGAAUUUUGUUAAAAAAUGUGAGCAGACUCAAAUGGAAUUAAUGCGACAGAUUGAGGCAAAAAAUAAGAAAAAAGAAUUGGCAAAAGCCAACGCUUCCAAAACGAAGCAAACAAACAAGGAUAAAGAAACACCUGAACGCGAAUCGGUAGAACAAUCAAAUGCGAAUGAUUCAGAGGAAUCGUUCAAUCCAAUCGAACAAGGCGAGGUUAACGCUGAUUGGCGAACAUGUUUAGAUUGUGGUAGAAUAUUUAAAAAUCUUGCCAACUAUCAUCGACACUGCAAAACUCACAAUGAAAACGAAAAUGAUGUAGUUUGUCAAAUAUGCGAUAAGACAUUUCAAUCGCCAACUGAUCUUCGUCGCCAUCUGGAUUUAGUGCACGAUGAAAAACCACCAAAGCGCAAGAAGGGUACUCAAGCAUCUCAGCAACGAAAGAAUGCAACCAAGGAAACUGAUCCCCUUCUCGACGCUGAAUCAAACGAGCAUAAAUGCGUCCGUUGCGAUAAAACUUUCUCCUCACCAGCAAAUCUAAAAGUUCAUCUUCUAUCUCACAAUGAAACGAGAAUUAAGUGCGAUCUUUGCAGUUCUGCAUUUAGAACUAAACAAAUGCACAUGCAACAUUUAAUUCGAGCCCACAGCAUGGAAAUUAAUGACAAUGAGCGAGGAACAUCACGCAAAAGGUUCAAAAAAGGAGGUAUUCAACUUAUUCGGCUUUGCGAAUGAACAACAACCGUUGCAAAACACUUAUUGUAUUAGAAUAUACAUUUCACAUUUGACUGGUAUAUGAACGAGUAGUAAUAUUUGCUUGUUUGAAAUAAACUAAGAGCUUAUAAAAAAACAAUUAUACAUUGUUAGUAAUUUGUGCAAACAAAUCUAAGUUUGAAAACCAAAAUCUGAUACAAAACUCGUUCAGUUAACAAUCUGUAGGGUGUGAUUCUUGAUAACAGGAAACUAAUUUUUGUGGAUAUUUAAAAA